AGUCCCAAUGGCAAGAUGUCACGCCGGGGUCGCGCCCAGAUGCUGGCAGCGAUUCCCUGUGACCUGGGCAAACAGGCCUUCUGCCACCUGCCUGGCACUGCCUAUCCCUGGCAUGCUGUCCGGCGGUUUGUCCACGAAAAUCAGGGAUUGAUGAAGCGAAUGUACGGGGAUGUGAGGCACAUAUCCAUCUUACGAGAUGAGAUCCAAAACAACGAGGUGGAUGCGGAUGACAUAGAGGAAACGGCGGAACGAUACAGCAAAGAUGCUGGCCGCAGGAGUGCCAAGUACUUGAUGCGCGGCAGGGAUCGGGAUCGUGAUCGAGAUGAUUUUGGAAGCUUCAAGAACAACGAUGUGCUGAGGGAGCCACAUUUUCGACCUGUCUCAACCAGCACCACGAGCACCACAAAGGCUACGACGACAACUGCAGCGCCCACAACUAGUAGUAGCACCACGGAAAAGAGCAGCAGUGAGGUGUCUUCAUCCACAUCUGGAAAUGUGACCAUUUCUGAAGCCACAACUUCGUCUACUGUGGCUCCACCAUCUCCCAAAGAACCUGAACUAGAGGCCGAAAUCGUGGAGAUUCAGCCCAGUCCAGAGUCGAAUAGUGUCUACGAAUUAGUGCCAUCUGCAGUUCCAUCAACCACCAUUGGAACACCUUCAACUCCUGAAGGUGAAAAUAUCCAGAUUGUAGAUUCUCCACAGCUGGGAUUACGGAAUCUCAGUGGAGAGGCUCAGCCCUCUCAGGAAUCACUCACUGCCACCACUUUAAGGCCCACAGCGCUGCCCAAGAGCUCUGCUGCUUCUCCGGUUAAAAAGAGGAAGCCUGCAGAGACCACCACAGCUAAUCCUCCCAAAUCCUCCAGCUCAACCUUGGCACCAAGCACUACAACAGCCACUCUGCUGAUUCGACGCAAUAUGACCAAGUCCUCGAUAGCAUCCUCGGCUUCUGUGACCACACCCGUGAGCUUUGCCUCGCUCUUCGCCGGCACUUCUGGUGGGGCCUUCAGUCCGGAGAGGUUGCGCAGGCCACUGACCACCAGUAGCACCACUGUGCCAGCUCCAGCUGCGCAACUAGGUGGACUCCAGACGGGUACCAAAUCGGGCCUGCUGAGGGAGGGGCAACUCUUUCAGGAUGCCAUGAAGCAGGAGCCGGUUGCUGUGGCAAGCAACCUAAGGGGAGUUAAUGCCUGUCCCGUUAAGGAUGAGGUGGUGGCUCCAUUUUGGGCCAAUAACACACGCGGUGAGGUGCUGGCCCUGCUCAAUCUGUAUCCCUUCGAGCAGUAUGUCCACUGGGAGAAGUGCACCCACGAGUACAAGCAAAUGUUCUGCCGCGAUGGAUGCAGGUGCGAGCAGCAGUAUCGCCUCCACCGGCUUUUGGCCUAUGAUCCACACAAUGAGUGCAGGGGCAUCUUCUCCGAUUGGUUCCGGUUCCCAUCCAGCUGCAUUUGCAAGUGCUACAACAUCCCAAUGGAGUUUAGGGCCAUCCGCAGUCCACGCUCCGACAGCAGCUUCGACGGUCCAGCUCCAAAGUCUGAUCCCAUCGAGGCGGCCGAGGCGGAGGUCCAGAGAGCCAUAUACGAGCACGCCACGGAUGAGUGGUACCGUCCACGCGAUGAUUUUGACUUCUUAGAGGGUUAA